AUGGCGUCUGUCCCGUGGUUCACCGUCGUGAGCGUCUUCUUGCUCCUUAUGACCGGCCCUCUCAACACGAUGCUCACCAAAGUUGUCUUUGAGAUCACCUCAGUCGGCUACUAUGGCGAAUUGAAGAAGUUCCACAAGCCUUGGUUCACAACGCUCCAGAUGUUCCUUGGUAUGGCCCCGGCGAUCUUGGUGCAUUUCUGUCAAGUUUUCGUGCAGACUCACCGAAGGAUGAGUGAACAACGACGAGCUUUGCUUGAAAAGCCCGACUCUGUUGAUACGCGGAGGCCGGCUAAGAAGCUUCCUUUUUGGAAGUCUGCUUUGUACGUUGCUUUUCCAGCAUGUCUCGAUAUGACUGGUACGACUGUGAGCUACGUUGGUCUUCUGUAUAACUCAGCGUCGGUGUUCACCAUGAUGCGAGGGUCCAUCAUCGUUUUCUCUGCACUUCUUUCAAUCGUAUUUUUACACAGAAAAAUGAACAGACAGAAUUGGCUCGGCAUUGUCCUUUGUGUGGUUGCCGUUACUCUGGUCGGCUAUGCUAACCUCAUGAGUCACGACGAGAAGUCCAAGACGAACUCCCCGGCCUUGGUAGCUUUCGGUAUGGUCAUGAUCGUUCUCUCGCAAAUAAUACAGUCCUUACAGUUGGUCACCGAGGAGAAGUUCAUGAAGAGCAUCAAUAUCCCUCCCUUCUUAGUCGUUGGCAUGGAAGGCAUCUGGGGUACCCUCAUCAUGAUCUUCAUCGCUCUCCCCAUUAUCUACUAUAUUCCCGGUAACGACUCCGGUUCGUUGGAGAACACACUGGACUCGGUCGUCCUCUACGAGAACUCCUCCGAGAUGCAGGAUUUGAUGGGUAUUUAUGUGGCCUCCAUUUUCCUCACGAAUGUUUCGGGCGUUCUGGUCACUAAGUAUCUCAGCUCUGUACACCGAACCAUGAUCAGUGCCAUGCAGACAGCCGUCGUAUGGGUUGUAGGUCUAUUUACUUACUAUGCCAUGGACCCCAACAUGUCCUUCGCCGAGCCUUGGACGUUCUGGUCGUCAGUGCAGCUAGUUGGGUUCAUGAUGCUAGUCCUAGGCCAACUAGUGUAUGCUGAGGUCUUCGGAGUGCCUGGGUUCACUCCACCUACUCGAAAGCCGGAAAUCGUGAACGCGGAGAAAUUGGCCACGUUGAAGUCGCCAAUUUCUAUUCGCGCAAUGGUUCCUGAUAACCAUUGA